UAUAACCUAUAUAUUUGACGUUUAAAUGUCAAUUGUCAUAAUAUAAAUAAACAUUUUUAGUUUUAUUGUUGUAUUGUUAUAUUCAUUUAACAUGAAAGGGUUUGUUUGACUUUUGAAAAUGCAAGGAAUUAAUGAUAACAUCAUAGACCACAAUGAGAAUUCUUCAAAUGUGUGUUCUGGUUGUUUAAAUGUCAUUGAUGAUGAAGAGAUAAUAUGUGCUCUAGAUCAAGAAUGGCAUUUAGAAUGUUUUCGAUGUUCAGCUUGUGAUGCUGCUUUAUCCAAUUGGUAUUUCGAGAAAGAUGGGCUACUUUUUUGUAAAUUGGAUUAUUACAGUAGAUUUGGAGAGGCUUGUCAGCAAUGUACACAAGUUAUCACAGGACCUGUUAUGGUUGCUGGGGAACAUAAGUUUCACCCAGAAUGCUUCUGUUGUACUUCAUGUUUUGCAUUCAUUGGAGAUGGAGACUCAUAUGCACUUGUUGAAAGAUCAAAACUCUUUUGUGGACAAUGCUACAAAAGACAAAUGCAACCUUUGCAGAAAAUUACUAGAUUUCCGUUCACACGAAAACCACAUUCAAUUAGGUUAGUUGAAAUUCCUGGUGGUCAAAAAGGUCUCAAGUUGUCAGAAGACUUACUCAAUUCAUCUGAUAGUCAAUGUUUCACCAUAUCUCAGGUGAUUUGGAGGAUACAUGGAAAACUAAUAAAGCUCGCUUUUGCUUUCCUAACAUCUGCUUUUAAUCUCUGCUGUAAUUUUUUACCAUCAUAUACUCGGUUAGAUGUUAAUAAUGAUUUAAUGUCUCUUCAUGUGGGAGACAGAAUUUUAGAAAUAAAUGGUACUCCUGUUAAAGAAACCCCAUUAGAAAGGGUUGAAAAUCUUCUUAAAUACUCUGAUUCAGUAUUACAAUUAACAAUAGAGCAUGAUCCAGACAGUAUUUCAAAAAAAUUCUUGAAACCAAGGGCACCAUUAAAUUUACCCUUAACUACAACCUCCAGUGAUACCAACAUUCCAGACAAAAAGUCAUCAAUUCCUCUAGACGUAAGGUCUUUAGGUUCAUCUGAUUCCAUUCAUGAUGAUAAUGUCCAACAAGGAAACUGUAUGUUGACUCCAGAAUUUAACAAAGGUAAUAAAGAAAUAAAAAAUAGAACUCCAAACACAAGAAAUGAAAAUAAGGAAAGGUUGUUCAAAAAGAGGGAUGAAGGGUAUAUGAGUGGGACAAGGUCAAGACAAUUAAAGAGAAAAACAAAUUUAUCUGACAAUAAACAAUCAUUGGAUAAAGAAAGAAGUUCUUCUAUGAGCAGGCUCUUAGAUGACACCCCGAAUUCCAAGAAGUGUCUUGAACUCUCUAGGGCUUAUUCUUUUUUGGAACCAAAGCCACAACAAAGGGUUUUUAGGGCUUCAGAUCUUGUGAAAGGUGAAAUGCUUGGACAGGGCUUUUUUGGGCAGGUUUAUAAGGUCACAACAAGAGAUACUGAAGAGGUUAUGGUCCUCAAGGAACUCUAUAGAGUCGAUGAAGAAGCACAAAAGAACUUCUUAAAAGAGGUUGCUGUACUUCGAAACUUGCAUCAUAACAAUGUACUCCGGUUUAUAGGUGUUUUGUACAAAGAGAGGAGACUUCAUUUGGUCACUGAAUACAUUUCUGGGGGUACUCUCACUGAUCUGAUACAUAAUAUCAGUCAACCAUUACCUUGGGAGCAAAGAGUGUCUUUUGCAAAAGACAUAGCUGCAGGAAUGGCCUAUCUACAUUCUAUGAAUAUUAUACAUAGGGAUUUGAAUUCCCACAACUGCUUGGUACGAGAAGAUAAAACAGUUGUUGUGGCAGACUUUGGUUUAGCCAGAAUUGUAUCUCAUAAUAGCGACAGCAUAGGUAGGAGAAUAUCUUCUAAAGGAACACCAGGAUCAAGAAGACAAGAAAGAAAAAAGAGGUAUACUGUGGUGGGGAAUCCUUAUUGGAUGGCACCAGAGAUGAUGAAAGGGAACAAAUAUGAUGAGAAAGUGGAUAUUUUCAGUUUUGGAAUCGUGUUAUGUGAGAUAAUUGGCAGAGUACAAGCAGAUCCAGACUUCUUGCCUCGUUCUAAUGAUUUUGGAUUAAAUCAAAUGACGUUCAAGGAAAAGUUUUGUAGUUCAUGUCCAGAACCAUUUUACAAAGUAGCUUUUCUUAGUACUGAUCUUAAUCCUGACAAAAGACCACCUUUUGAAGUAAUGGAAGUAUGGUUAGAAUCUCUUCUUAUGCAUUUAUCUGUUGGGAUGUCACUUCCUCCUGAUCUUCUAUUCGACAUCAGUAAUUUCAGAGGUAUCAGUCCAAGUUCUUCAGGAAGUACUACUCCAGAAGGUAUACCUUCAGGACAUAGAAGUCCAGCAUUAGAACCAAUUUGUGAAGGGAAGUUGAUAGAUACGAAAAACUCAAAGAGAAUAAAUGAAAAGUGUACCAAUAGUUAUGAGAGCUUAAAAGGAAUUAUUACAGUCUCUAGUACAGAAAAUUUAUCGGGGAAAAAAGAUAAUAUUCCUAUCAAACCUGUUAUAAAAGUCUCUAGUAGUGAUAUGUUAGACAACACUUGGGAAAAUCCAAACAAGAUUGAUAACUUCCAUACAAAAAGCUGUGAGGAUAUAACUUCAAAUUCUAUAGAUAAAAACUAUAGUCUGAAGGGAAACGGGGAAGGAGAUUCUGAAUUCAGCAUUAUUUCUUCUACAUCUGAUUAUGAACCUAUUCCCAAAGAGUUCCCUAAUUACGAGAAUAUACAGUUCUUAAAAAAUGAUAUAGCUUUUAAUGAGAAGAAUCAAAAACCAAUAUAUAUACAAAAACUUAACACGAAAGUUGUAAAUGAAAAAUCUGAGAAUAUUGAUGAUUUAAAGGGUGAUUCAAGUCCAGAGAACCAAAGUAAAGAUAAUAUUUUCAAGGUACAACUGAAAAAGGUCCCAAAAAAUUUCACAAGAAAUAAAUUCUCUCCUUGUUCUUCAGAAUCCACAUUUCAAGGACCUGUUAAGGAUAAAAUUAGAUUGUUGAGUAAAAAAAAUAUUUCUGAGACAUCUAAUCUGAAACAGAGUAACUUGAGCUUGCAAAAUAUGAAUUUGAACAUGGAUACCACAUCUCAAGUCACUGAGAAAUAUGUUAAAUCAGCCGAAUGUAUAGGAAGCAAUAAAAGUGAACAUAAGAGGGAACUACCAAGUCCUAGAUCGAAUGAUGAUGAUGUUUUGGAUUUUCCAGACAUUGUUUCUUCAACUUUUUUGAAGAGUUUCAAUCCAGUUGUUAAAGAUAAAAAAACCAAAAUAAUAGUUGAAAGUAAACCUGAAUCUGAAAUUAAACGUUCAACUAUUUUCCCCAAUAAUUUUGGGGGCACUUUCAGUAUUAAUCGCAAUAUAUUCAGGAAGAAUGAGCAACAAAAAAAUUCUAAAGAAAACGGGACUACUUGUGUGAGUUCUGGAGUUAAAAAUAAGUUAAGAGAUAAAGUUGAUGUCAAGGAUGAGCCUUGUUUGAAACUGAAUGAUGCAACUGUUUGUGAUAAUAAUGAGCCUUCUCGAACUUUUCCUACUGGUACGAGUUUAGUGAAAAGUAUUGUUGAUAGUCUGAAUAGGAAAGAUAGGGGAACGUUAAGCUUUGGAGAAAGACUGAGUUAUGGUAGAAGUUCUCUCAAGUUACCAUCAAAGAGUAAACCCAGUUAUGGGAAUACUAAAGAGUAUACUGCUCUGUAAGACACAGAAGUUAAUGAAGAAUUUCAAUAAGGCUUAUUUGCUCAGUAUAUUGAUAGCAAAAUAUUUUACCUGUUGAAAAACUUAAUAGUUAUAUCAAGAUGCCUAGAAACCCUAUUGUGUGCAAUGAUUAGAUUAUGUUUUGAAAUUUUUUAAGUAGUCCAUCUAUUGCUUUGGCUAGAACUCACCAAAGUUCUGUAAGGUGGCGCUCUUCAGAAUUGUUCGAAUUCUCGCUAUGUCUAUCAGUGUUUAAAAAUGUUUUGAGAAACUGCAAACUUUCACAAGAAAUUACAAUUCAUUCUAUUCCCAAAGGUCAUUAGAGUCUAGAAUCAUUAGAAAUGACAAACUUAAUGAUGUAUGCGCCAUCUGAAACUAGUGAUCUCUCGAAAUAAAGUAGGCAUAAAUCUCCCGUUUUAUCCCAAAAGUUUAACAGGUAUAAUUAGACACACCAGGCUUUUUAGGCAUUUUAAGUAAUGUCCUUGCAAUUUUGACAUACAUUUUAUUUGUGACAAUUAAAUGGCCUAAAAUAUCCAAUAUUAACUGAAUGUUGAUCAUUCAAUAUUUAUCAGUAUUGACAAUAUAAUUUUUGCAUGAUCCACCUUUCUGGAUUACUUAUACCUGUUGCUAGGACUUCUUUACUGGUUACUACAACAAAGACGUCGGUGAGUGAUUUUUACCGACGUUUCCAUUAGAGAAUACUUUCACUUUCUUAAAAAUUAAAAAUAAGAAAAUUUCAAUAUAUUCAUUAACAAAAUGACUUAUGACAAAUUAAAUAUAAAUAUAGUUAAUUUAUGGUAAUGCCUUAUGUAUCAGUGAAAUUUUGAUCCAUUGAAACUGAUUCAGCAGAAAUAAGUCCAUUAAAAUAAAGGAAAAAUUAAAGGGAUCCUGCAAAAAAGUUAUAAACAUCACAAUCGUUAAAAACUAUUGAUUUCAGACAGUUGCUAAGCUCCUUCACCAAACAAUUGUCUGCAAUCGGUAAAAUAUACUUAUGGUUGUUGACACUUAAUAUACUAUUGUGUUUAUAUUUUAUAUUGAAGUAGGCUACAAUAGUAAAAAAGUAAUUAUGAAAUAAGUUGUAAGAAUGAGCAACUUAAAAUAUUUUAUUUUCUAUAAGUUGUUGAAUUCAAAAACUAAAUAUAUUAAAAAAAUCUAUUUACAUCUUUAUUUUAAGCAUAAGGUAAACAUUCCAGAAUUUUUUUAUGUAUAUAAAUAAUUCAAGUUCAAAUUUGAAUUGAGUCUUGAAAAUUUCUUGGACUUCUGUGAUAAGGCGAUUCAAUCCAAAGCUAAUUCAUUAGUGAUUUUGGCCAUUUGAGUAGAAGUAAUUAAUCGAAAAUUAUAUUUUUUUGUAAUAAUUACAUUGUGAAGUUUUGGUAGUAUUCCAUUUUUUGUAAAUAAGAUAUCGAUUUGUAGGUAAUAAGUUUUUAAUAAAAUAGUUCACGUUAUA